UGGGUGAUGUAUGGACGGUGGGGGGCAGCACACGCGGAGUAACCCAGCAUUCAUUUGCGUGAACGGGCGUCGUUCGCAGUUUCUCCGAUGAAGCGCCGCAGAGUGACGGAAGCCACCAGCACCAAAAGUCUGCGGCUGGGCUUUCAGAAGUAUAUACACAGCCAGUACCACGAGGGAAGGGCGCGCAGGCACGCGUUCACACGCAUGUGUGCGCGCGCACCACUCGGAGUGGAUUGCUUAUGACACUGCAGACUGGAUGCUGAUGUGCCGGACUUGCAGCCACCGACGACAGUAGAAACCUCGACGGCCACAGAAAAAAGAGACGAGAGGCAGGGGAUCGACAAGGGGAGGGUCGUCGCGGGCAACCGGAGGCGCCUUCACGGCUGCUGUUGGACUCUGAAAGUCACCUGUCUGUCACGAUCUUUCAUCGCCUUAUCAUUCGCACUGGAAGUUGCUGACAGCGCAUGGGAGAAGAGACAACACACAACGAGGGCUGAAGUCACGUGACGUUUAGAGCUACAGGACUGGCAUUGCGACCCUGAACCGUGCUUUUUUGGAGACUGAACAGCACACUGAACAGUCGUCCCGACGUUACUGCGACAACAGUGUAUCGUUAAGUAAACGGUAAUGUAACGACCUAUGGAUUGGAAGUUUAUCUGUUUUUGUUAAUUUUUCCGUUUGUGCGUCAGUGUUCGUAUCUUCAUCCACGGUUUAUGCUUGACACGCCCACUUUAUUACCCAGCUGUGGAGGUUUUCAUGUGCAGCUGCACGCAAGCCAACUGUCUGUUCACAGCUGUUUACCUCCGCAGCCGUUGUUUCGAAGCUCUUGCAAGGCCGUGCACAACCUCCAUAUAAACUUUAACGACCUGCACUGCUGCGUGUUUGCCACGAAAGCUUGUCUUUCUUGCGAGCGUUUACUCUUCCCUCCCACGCCAACCCCUCUUCUUCCGUGCACAACAAACACAACUACGCCAACCGGUGACCGGUCCGAACACGGCGUGAGCUGUUGACAUGCUUCUCUCGACCCAGGUUCUUGUCUGAUGCUCCUUCUGACAUCCUGUCUGACUUCCUCUUUCUCUCACCACACGGUCUGGCUACAGUUGGACGAACAACUCCCUCGGUGACACGAGCGUUCCGUUCUCCUUCACACAGGAGCGGCGAGGAAGAACAGAAGACGGCGGAAGAAAUCGAAAGCAGUCUGGAGAAAACAUGCUGAGACAACGAAUCGUGAACAGUCAAUACCUCACGCGACCACCACUGCAGUGAGGACCGGCGGCGGGGGUGGGGCUGUCCCACAAAAAAAAAAAAAAAAUUGUGGAGGUCGAUCACAUUCGCACCAGUCCCUGUUGCAGCGUUACGCAGCACAGACUUUCAUUCAGCUGCACGGAGACCGCCGCCGCCGCCGCGGGGGUGGAAGGACCUGAAGGCAAGAGGAAGGAGGGAAGAGGUUAGAGCGGCCAAGAGCCAAAAGGGGAGGACGGAAAUUCCACGCCGACGACCGGCCUCGUCCGAUGCACUGUUUGUUAGUUGGCGACAGGGCUGACGGUCAAGACGAUAAUAGCCAGACGGCCGACAGUUGACCCAGCUUCAGUCUAUCGUGCCGGGAGUCGGUGGGAUUGUUUUUCCCUUUCUCUGUCAUUUCUUCUUCCGAAGUGUCUUCUCCAACAGUGUGUACCGUCUACAGCUCCUUUGUUAUGCUCGAGUCAGGGAUAACCACAACAGGAGAUGAAAUUAAAAGCAGUCUUCCUCGCCUUGCUGUGACAGGGAACCGUGUCGCUCGCUGCACUCUCAACCUUUAACCUCGCUGUCAUUUUCUGAAAUCGCCGCACUCUGGCUUUAUCAUCUCCGAUACCACGAGGCCAAUUCGAGACUGUUUGACCUACUGUGUUACACGCGUAAUGCACUGUUGAAAGUCAUCCCAGCGGCAGAACAGUUUUUGAGCGGCCUGACCGAGAGAGAGAGAGGGUCACCCACCUCCUACCCCGGGGAAUCUCAUUGCGGCGCGCGUGACAGCUCCCGGGUGACGCUGCGUCGUGCUGUGGCAUGUGCUUUUGGAGGCACAAACCGACACGGUCAGAAACCGGCGUCGUCAAAGCGUGAAGACUGAGAGUUCGACCAGCCAGCCAGCCAGCCACCCAGCUAAUUCUGCCGCUGUGCCGCACGGCGAAAAACCUGCAAGGCGUAACCGCAGGCGAUAAAUACAGGUAGACAAAAACUAACUGUUCCCUUUGGAGGGGAGAAGGGAACCAUCCAGCGAUAUGCCGGGGGGGCCGACCUGCCCCCUCCUACCUUUAGCGGUCUAGGUAGACUGUUAGCGCAGCGGCUCAAAGGAUUUUCCCACACCCUGUAUUUAGUUCGUGCUGACACAGUCGCUCGGGCCUCCCGUUUCAGUCUUGACACCUGGCGAUUGCUGUGAUGCACGCAGACGGUCGUGUCGUGGGACGCGAGACACCUUCGUGGGACAUGCUUCACUGAAUUAAAACAGUCGCACUCACCCUUCCACCCACGUGGCAGAAGCAGAGGGAGGUGUGUUCUCGGACGUAGUGUGUGUGUGUCGUCCACACAAGUGAUCGAGCAAGCGGGCCCAGCCGAGGAUAACUACAUACCUGGGUGUGUGUGUGCCAUGUCGGGGUACCAUGUGAUGGUCGUACUGUCAGUGCUGCUCACCCUCUCCAAAGUGGCAUCGUCUCUACAAACGUGCCAACAAGACGACUUUAUUCGUUUGCAAACCGAAUGUCGCGAUCAGAAUAAACGCUUCACAGAUGCCGAGAAGGUGGCAGCUGAUGACGAACGAGGCCCUGUCUCCGAGAUAUGCACGGCGCUUUUUGAUAUGUGGCGGUGUGUCGCACGGAACAUUCCGCAAUGUUUUCUCAACACCACGACCGCCUAUGCUAGCUACACACAUUCCCCACACAACUGCCAGAUGUCGCCGAAGCUCUUACUGGAGCUUCAGACGUUGGUUUUUGGUGGCAUCAAAACUGUCACCAGCACUGUCGUCAUGGACGAAACGAUGCUGACGACGACUCAGGAACCGAGGUCCACGUCCGAGGAAGGAGAAGGUGACGGUGAGGAUGAGGAUGAUGAAAAUGAUAAUGAGGAGGGCAACAGCAGCAGCCAGACUACAAACGGUUCGUCUAUAUCCCGUUGUUCUAGUUUGUGGUUGUUCUUUACCGCGUGGCUGUCAACCCGAGAAAUGGUGAGAGUAACUUUCCGCUCCUGAUUGGUGCUAUUCGUACUUCCAGAUUACGGGUCCAGCGAGCCGUGCUCAUGGUCACCCCUUGAUUGCUUCAUGUGAUGUGGGACACGAAAAUCUUACACAAUGUCGCCGACUACGCCUUCAAAGUGAAAAGUGAAAGUUGAUCAAUACACAUCAAAAUGAUCAUAUGUGAAAAGGCCAGGAAACGGGACUUUUUUUUUUAUAUUCGCCCCUUUCUUUCUUUCUGGCUCUCGACCCGAUAGUUUCCCACCCCCUUCCCAAGUCUCUCUCUCUCUGCCCCCGUCCCCUUGUCUAUCUUUCUAUAACUUAGCUCUCCCAAUAAUCAUAAAUUUGAACAAUGGGCAGUAAACUCCUUUCAUUAAACCAUAUUCCCCCCUCGUUCCUGUAAAGCGACAUAUUUCUGCUGUUGGACUUAAAAUUAUCGUUCAAUGCAUUCCAGGAAUUUUCUGUACGAUACAAAAAUAUUAUUUUGUUGUAUGAAAAUGUUCGAUGAAUUUUUGUACCAAGUGUUUUGCAGUUUAAAGUUUUUAUUGCGUAUUCUAGGUAAGAAUCGUCUGUGAAUAACGAGGUUUUGUUCAAUUUUUGCUGAAGUCCCCGAGUUAAUCGGCUGUUGAAUGCAUCUCCCAGUUUGUGUAUGGUUUCUUUCGUUUUAGUAAAAGAGACGUUCAAUUUUUCUAAAAUUUAGAUUACUAAAAUUGUAAUUUACUAUGAGUUUUUUUGAGGAAAAAAAUAAUUAAGUGUAUAGUGUAUAGUUAAAUUGCGGUUUUGUUUACAUUUUUCAAACAGAAAAAUACCGCGUGAUCAGCACAUAACGGAUGUACAAUGGCCUAAAGCUGCAUGAAGCCAUUGUCCUAAAUUGUUUGUAAACCUCUCGUAAUUGUGAACCUUAACUUUUACCUACUAUCAGUGCCCCUUUCCCGAUCCACCCGCCAGCAGCAAUAGCAAAAUUAAUAUCAUAAUUGAAUAUAGGUCAGUACCGUUUACUGGCUCGUACGCUUGAAGUUUAUCUUAAUGUUCUCUCAAUAGUUUCGGUUAAAUACUGUGCAAGCGAUGCGUUAACAUCUACAGUUUGUCUGCAACCGGAUACAUGCAGCUGCUUUUAGGAUGGGGAUGCGCAAUCUUGUUUGGGUUUUUUGUUUGUUUGUGGGUACUCAGUAACUCAACUAAACAUACAUUCCACUGGUCUUGCAGUUUAGUUUAGCAUAUGGCUUAUACAGUUACGGUACGGAAUUUAAAAGUUUGCUGCCGGUAACUGAUUAUAGCUUUUUUCAAGUCGUGACAAGCAUACACACUCUGCGGAAAUGAACGGCCGGCUAGUCACUUUUCUCGUUUGGGACCGCAGUUCCAAGUUGUUUUAUUUUCUUUUUUUACUUCCACUGUUAUGUGAUUUUUAAGUAUUGUCCAUUGUUAAUCUAUCAGAGGCUAUAGUCCCAAAUUGUAUACUUACAAAGACAGUACAACUUAGUUUUCAUUUUUGUUUUAAUUUCUGUUCUUUACCAUAUCAAAGCCAUUCCUUCUUCUUGUAAACAUAGACAUUAAUCUCAGGAGGGUCCUACAAGUCCGCGUGUUCAGAUGAAACCGGAUUUCAUUUGAGGACUUGUAAAGCACCCAUCCAUACUAAUUUUGAUUGUGGUUUAUGGGCAGGUCAUAUCUAUUAUGCACCUCGGUAGAUUCUUCCCAUCUUUUGUGUGUGUGUUUUCUGGAAUACUACGCCGAGCAGUUGCUAGCCAGAGGCCAUCUUGCGGGUGGCAAUCACGAGGCGCCCUCUGAUUUGCGUUUUGUUACAGACGUUCAGCUAUCAAGAAAAGGACAAACGCACAGGAUAUGUCAAUGCAUUUUUUAUACACCCCUAUGAUCAACUGCUGCAAAGCGUUUUUUAUUUGUUCGUUUGGUAUUUCUUCAUUCUAUAAUGGGACCAUGCUCUAGGCCACUGUACUUUAAAGAUGGUUACUGAUCUAAGUAAAUGCAAAUAACUUUCGGAGGCACGAGGAUCAGGGUCUAUUGUUUUCUGUUGAUUCUUUUUUCACCUACCUGACACUCAGCUCAGAAUAGUCGACCGCAAAGAGAAGUUGCGCGAUGUUGUAUGAGAGAUACUUUCACUAUGAAGCGGUUCCAGCAAAGAAAAAUAAAAGAAAAAUGUCUAUGAACACCAAAGAAUGUAAGGCUUUUCAUAUUUCGAAAUGUUUAUUUAAAAACCUGUUUUAUGUAACGCGCAAAACAAGGAAGGCGGCAACAGCUUUUGUUAUUUCAUGUCGCUUAGCAAGGUCGCUUGGCCAAGUACUAGCAGUUUUUUUUUAAGCUGGGUUUUAUAACUUAGUUACAAUACGCGCACACUGUUUUACAUAUUCUCUCUCUCUUGUGCUUGCUGUCAGAUUACAUUCUGGGGAACAGUAAGUUCAUUACUUCUUUCUUAUUUUACAGUACAUCUGCCCAUUGUGCCAACCAAUAAACUAAAUUAUUAAUAUUGUGGCAGUGUACUGCACAAGAUUCAGGUUUGUAUUUUAGAAUAACCUAUUUCUAAACACUGCAAAUUUGACAAGAAACUCCGCAUUCUCUUUUCAGUGGGGUGGGGGGUCAAACUUCAUGCUGACAGUUAAUGACAUUCAUAUUCUUGCCUCCUCGGUAUCUUUUUUGGAGGGACCUGCAGCCCCUACCCUUCCCCUCACCCCCGGUUCCUACUUCGGUGCUUUAACGUAGCUAAGAUCAUAAUCGUUUGUUUAUUGGAUACAGAUUAAUUACAAAAUGGACCGUCAAACCCAUUUUAUGUCAGAAAUACAUUAGAUGUGGUUUUCUUGUUUUGUUCGUGGCUUGAAUGUAUAUAGUUUGGAGUCGCACUUCCGUUACAUAGUAGAAAAGGGGCGGAUUAUUAUUUCACUUACUAUUUCUUCGUUUUAUUUUCGUUUCCCCUUUAAUAGUUUCUGUACAAGAUGUGAUAUCUGUAGUAGAUAUACUGUUAAGAGUUUCUAGCGAAUUUUCUUACUUCGUUAUUAAGAGUUUACCUUCAUUUUAUUAAAAUCGAUAACAAGAUGAUUAUAUUUCAUUACCUUUUAUUCGCUUUACAAGCACUAAUCAAAAUGAAAUAUGUUUCUUUUUUAUUUUACUAAGAUUUUCUUUCUACACCAGGACAACCAAUUUUUUUUAGUUGCUGAUUUGUCCAUCUGUCCAAAAAAAAGAAAAAACAUCAAGCUUGAAAUAUUUUCAACGCUUUAUAUGCUACUUGUUCAAAAUUUCUGAACUUUUGUACGUAUGUAAUCGGUACGACCUAGUUGACAUUUUUCUGAAGAGCAGGACUAAACUGGAGAAAGAAAUCAGAGAAUCGUACUUUGUGAAGGCAUCUUAAGGUUGUUUAUGUUUCAGCCACUGUGUGUUUUUUGUACCAUGGCUUUCUACAUAUUUUUUUUAACACUGAAAGUAAUUAUUCUACUUUCCGUUCUAUUCGAUCUGCUUAAGGUUGUGAUGAUAAUGAUUUCUGCAUUGUUACUUGUUAUAUACAUAUUGUUCAAAUCUUAUUUUAAUGUAUUCUGUAUUAUUUUCCCAGACCUGUUUGUGUACGAGGAGAGAUUUGGGAUGAAAAUAUGUAAAAAUUGUCAGCCAGUGAUAUCUCUAUGCAUUUGCUGACCAAGCUUCAGUAUUGCAGAAGAGAGCAAGUAUGAAUUCAAUAUUUUCACAAAUAUGGAUAAGCUGAAUAAAUUUUCAUCAUUUCCA